AUGAAUCGCGUCCGAAAGGCAGAGAAUGGACCACGUGUCAUUGGUCAAAGCAAAACAGUGGCCGCGGUGGAAAAAAAAAAGUUUUUCUUGCUUUAUUGGUCAUCACAUUUAACACCUCAGAUAUUGGCUACGGUUUCAACAGGCAAGGAUCAGAGAGAUUCGUUUGACAAAAACAAAAUAUUCUCCAUCUCCGUCGACAAGUGUAGGUGUACGGUCAUCCGCCAGAGAUCGGUGAUCCCUAUCACUAACAUCGAUCCGACCUCAAUGCGAAACAACAUCGUCGCAGCUGUGCUAACCAAUCCGGUUAACAGUGCCUACGUGGCUGAAACAUAUGAAUUUCGCAGGCAGUUGAAAGAGUUGCCAGUGGAAGUACAGAUUCGAGAGGACGAAAUGCUAAACCUGUACUUCUAGAAGACCAUCGGAAUACAAAUUGGAUUUAAGCUCUUUGAAUCCGAAGAGCUAUCUCUAUUUUUUCAAGAGAAUAGUCCGGUUGGUCAUGCCCCACAUGAAGCCAUAUUACGAUUUAGGUCGUAUAACCAAAACAAUGUUUAAAUCCUUCGGAAAAUUCAUUGCCAAGAACUUCACCUUUCAUAAUCAUGAUUCAAACGAAAAAACAUUAGCGAGAACGAUGAACGGAUUUUCUCUGUUAUCACGGAAUACAUUUGCAAAUUUGAAGAUAUCAAUAGCCACUUCAUUGCGCAGUAGUAAAUAGGCGCUUUCUAUUUUUUCAAAUCCUGCUGAAAACUAUAGAAUGACUUGCACACCCAUUGUAUUUCUAAUCACACACUAUUUUACAUUUGAUCACAAUACUUAAGCUUGUAUUUACUAUACCAGACUAAUCUUUAAUUGAUAUUGUAUUUUAAAACCUAUAUUUACCAGUUAGUAGAUUCGAAGGUUUACAGACAUUUUCAUUUAGUUGCAUUUUAUGUACUAACGAUUUUUGUCCUUCAUUGUCGUUGGCUAUUGUUUUACUACCUUUAUAAUGAACGAUUACUGUUAAACAAUUUCCUAAUUUUUUCUUUUUUACCCGUUAUUUAUAACGGGGCCCAUUGGUCAAUAAAAAAGGAAAAC